AUGGCUUCAAUUAACACUCACAUCCAAAUGAUUUCUCUCGUUCUCUUCUUCACAUUCGUUUUCUGUAUAAGCCAAGUGUUCUCUGCAGAUCCGCCGGAAAAUUCACCCAGUCCAUCUCCACAUCCUCCGGCCGACGCACUCUCGCCGCCACCAGUCCUAUCUCCUGCAACACCAUCGCAAUCGCCGUCUCCUGCUCCUCCCCCCUCACUUUCUUCCCCUCCGGCGCCUCCGCUGUCAAAAUUCUUCCCAAGUCCAUCUCCGGCAUUAACCAAUUCUUCUGCUCCUCACAAGUCUCCUACACCGGCACCCGGCGACGCGGAGGUAAAUGUGAGCAAUGUGGAGUCAGAGCGGGACUCCUCCUCCGGCGGGAUGAACAGCGGGCAGAAAGCCGGUGUGGCAGUGGCAGUUGUGGCCAGCGCGUGUAUCGUAGGAGUCGGCGCGUUGAUCUACAAGAAGCGCCAGCAGAAUGUGAUCCGCUCGCAGUACGGGUACACCGCCAGGAGAGAAAUUCUGUAG